CAUUUGCGGGUGCUCAUGACCUCUUCAAGAAGUGAUAUGGUGAAUAUGACUUUCUCCCGCUGAAUACGUUCUUCUUCAACCUCCCCCAAUCCAUUUGAACGGUGAACCACCGACUGAUCUGUUCCACCCCUAGAACAGAUGGCGGAACCACAACCUGAGCCUGUAGCGAUCUUAAGCUGCAGAGCAGACUUCGAGAAGGCCUUCAAAUGGGACUGUAAUAGGAUCUUGAAUUACCUGUUGACUGUUGCCUGGGAUGAUCAGAAACGAAAUCCAAAGAAAAAUCUCGAUGGUGUAUGUGGAUACCUAAUGAGGCGGGUGCGCAAUCGUCUUGGGUUCGGGGAUGGGGCCAUUUUAGGGGGUUUAUCCAUCAACCGGCCACCUGCAACCAUCCUCUGGACCGGGCCGGGCCCAAACAGCGAACAGAGACAGAUCCCUAUCUGCGAGUUCCUAGCAGCGGUUGCGUUUAUACUCACAGAGACGUCCAUAAUUUCUGUAGAGUCACCCGAACAGUGCUGUUACCCUCUGCUAGCGAUGUAUGGCAAAUGGUGUACGACUAUCUGCCAAGAAUUCGCAAACCUGGGAACCGCCUGUCAGGUCCCUAGUAAAGUUGCCAUCAGUUGGCUCUGGACAGGCCACGGUCAGAUCCAGAAGAUAGUGCUGGGAAGUUGUAUGGCGGGAAAUCCGGAAGGGCCGAACAACGAAGAGUCCUUCAGAAAGAGAUGCUGGCAAUUCAGGAAAGAGGUUGUGAUGCGCUCGAUAUGGGACUACGGGGAUGCAAUCGCACCCAAUCUCGCAAAUCCAAAUGAGCGCGGUUUUUACGAUUGGGGCGUCUGCGCUGAGACAUAUCCUUUUCACCUCCUGGCCACAGCCCAUCCUUCUAUGAAACCCUAUGUAUAUGGUAGGACACUGGUCUGCUUGGGUGGUAUUUCUAAAUGCGACAUAUAUGAAUCCACCGACGUGCAGACGCUCUUGAGCGGACCCUGCCCGAAUUGUCAAAUAUACGUAGAGCGCCUUGGUGGAGUUCCUACAAAUUACGGCUACGAAAAGUGGAGGAAGGAGGCUUAAUGGAAUUGCUGGACACGAGGACAGUGUACAAUUAGCA